AUGCCGGGUCAGCACGUCCUGCGCGUGCGGACCCUGUAUCGGCGCAUCUUGCUGUUACACCGGGCACUGCCCCCCGAUCUCAAAUCCCUGGGGGACCAGUACGUGAAAGACGAAUUUAAGAGACAUAAGACCGUUGGUUCUGACGAGGCCCACCGAUUCCUGCAGGAGUGGGAGAUAUAUGCAGCAGUACUAUGGCAACAAGCUAACAAAAGCAGGGAAAAUUCAACUGAAAAAGCUUGUUUUGGAACUGACCUUCCAGAAGAAAAGCUUAAUGACUUUCGUGAUGAACAAAUUGGACAGUUGCAGGAGCUCAUGCAAGAAACCACAAAACCCAAUAAGCAGUUUAGUAUUACUGAGUGUACAAAACCAAAAUUUUAG